CUCAGGAGGGCAGUUUGGACAAACGACACAAGCGCAGAACGGACAAGAACAUCGGCACACGGUAAUAAGACGAUCUGAAAAGGGAAAGUACAGAUAAACACACACAAAACUACUAUGUAAUCAUCUAUUCUUACACAUGUACAAACAAUUUGACUUAGCUUCGUGUUGCUGUAAUUAAAGCCAGCUCUCUAUUGAUGAUUUAAAGACUAUUUGAGCUGAAAUUCAAGGUUAAAAAUGGGAGAUUUAGUAGGAGCUGAGAAGGAGUAUAUUAGAAGGCAUCAUAAUCACGCAGCUGCUGAGAAUCAAUGCACUUCUCUGCUCAUCAAGCACAUCAGAGCUCCGGUUCAUCUCGUGUGGUCACUAGUAAGGAGAUUUGAUCAACCUCAGAAGUACAAGCCCUUUGUUAGCAGGUGCAUUGUGCAGGGAGAUCUUGGGAUUGGAAGUCUAAGAGAAGUUAAUGUAAAGUCAGGCCUUCCUGCCACCACUAGUUUUGAAAGGUUGGAGCUUCUUGAUGAUAACGAGCACGUUCUUAGCAUCCGGAUCGUUGGUGGUGACCACAGGCUCAGGAACUAUUCUUCAAUUCUAUCCGUCCAUCCAGAGAUCAUUGAAGGUAGACCAGGGACCAUAGUUAUUGAAUCCUUUGUCGUAGAUGUGCCUGAAGGAAACACCAAAGACGAGACAUGCUACUUUGUUGAAGCAUUGAUCAAAUGCAACCUGAAAUCACUUGCUGAAGUAUCUGAGCGACUUGCAGUGCAGGGCCGGACUGAGCCCAUUGAUCGAAUGUAGAUGUGCUACUAAAACUAUGUGGUGAAGGUUGCACAUACUGGACUUUCUGAAGUUUCCAUAAUUUUAUUGGGCAGGAUUGGGGGACAGACUGGUAGCAAUUCUCUUUCAUCUACCCCAUACAAUUCGUGCUCUUCUUUCUUCCCUGGUUUCUGAUGUUCUAUAUCUCAGUUUUGAAAUUAGUUUGGAUUGCUUUAAUGUAGCUUAACAACCUCAGCUUAAUAAAGGUCUCUGUCGAGAAGUACAAAAGAAAUAUCUCUCAGAUGUGAAGUUUUGCCACUGGUGGUAUAUCACCCUCUGUAAGUAUGUCUUGGAAAAGGAUUUAUUUCGGUGUUCCAGUUGUAGCUUCCUGAUGUCCUCAAAGGUGAAUUAUGUAAAAUGCUAAUUUAUAGACCGUCGUUGUAUCACUACAGAGAUUUUAAUAAGUUUAUUAAAAUAACUAUCAUCGUCGGCUGA